CAUUUUAUCACCUUGGUGCUAUUCUUUCUUUACCAACACCCCUUUUGUUUAUACAAACUCCACCAUUUUCAUGGAGAAUAUGACUAGUGCAUUCACCAUGUUGUGGAAACAAGUCAAGGGGUUUCCAAGAAAGUUGAUAGACAAAAUUAGCAACAUUGCUAAGAACACAAUACAAAUUGGGAAAGAUGAUACAAGAAAAAAUUGGCAUGCAGCCAAAGUGGGAUUAUCUCUCACUUUAGUGAUAUUGUUUUACUAUUCAUGGCCACUUUAUCAUAGCUUUGAACAAUCAGCAAUUAUGGCUGUCCUCACUGUUAUGGUUGCUUUUGAAUACACUGCUGGUGCAACUAUAUCAAAGUGCUUAAACAUAGCUUUUGCAACAGCAUUAGGUAUUUCAUUAGGCAUUGGAGCAAAAUAUAUAGCUGAGGAUUGUGGAAAAGAAGGGGAGCCUAUAAUUCUUGGGAUUUUGGUCUUCAUUGUAGGUGUUCUAGGUACAUUUACAAGGUUUUAUCCACAUAUGCAAAGGAGGUAUGACUAUGGAUGCAUGUUCUCUGUGGCAACAUUUAGCUUGGUCACAGUGUCAGGUGACAUGUAUAUGGAGAUGGUUAAGCAAAGGAUAUCAACCAUUAUGGUCAGUGUUGGCACAGUCAUGGUCAUCUCCUUGGUCAUUUGUCCAGUGUGGGCUGGAAAAGAUCUUCAUAAGCUUAUUAGUGCCAAUCUUGAAAAGCUAGCAAGCUUCUUAGAUGGUUUUGAAAGUGAGUAUUUUCAAGCAAAUGGUGUGGACUCCAAGGACAAAGAGAAGGGAUUUCUUGAAUCCUUUAAAAGUGUUCUUGAUUCUAAGGCCACUGAGGAAUCUUUGGCAAAUUUUGCAUGGUGGGAGCCAGCACAUGGAUCAUUCAAGUUUAAUAAUCCAGGGAAAGAGUAUUUGAAGAUUGGUAAGCUUGGUAGAGAUUGUGCUUGCCAUCUUCAUGCUCUUAGUGGUCACUUAAAAUCUAAAUCUCAGACACCAACCGAGUUUCAUAGAAGAACAGAAGAAGCUUGCAAAAGAAUCAUCAUGGAAUCUAGCAGGGUCUUAAAAGACCUUGCUUUUUCCAUCAAAACAAGGACCCAACCCCCUUCCCCCACAGCGAAAUCUGACUCGUAUAACACGAAAUUAGCCAUUGGUGAUCUCAGAGCGACGCUCAUAAUUACCACAAAAAUCUUCUCAGAAAGUGAUACCAUUGAUGUCAUCACGGCGAUGUCAGUGGCAUCGAUACUUAUCGAUGUCACCAGAUGUGUCGACGAAAUCUCCAAGGCUGUAGGAGAGCUUUCGGUCAAAGCACGUUUCCAGAAGGAGGAAAAGAAGAAGGAUGGUUCUAUGCCUAUCGAGGUGUUGGAGAAACCACCAACGCCACGGUCACAUCUCCUCCUACACCUCGGAGUUGUGAAUGUCGUGGAAAAUGAUGAAAAUCCAAUUAGUGCAAUUAAAGGAGAACAUGUUGUUUGUGAGAUACACACAAUAGAGGAGUUGAUAAAAACAGAGGAAAAAGGAGAGCAAGUUGUGAUUGGAGUUGAUGGAUGUGAAAGUAGAGAUGGAUCCAAGAUAUGAAGUUUCUGUGUUCCUGUACUGAUCUCUAGUCGAAAUCAAACAUUUACAUAUAUAUUUAAUGAAUUCUUAAUACAUAUAGAGGAUAGGAUUUGGGUAAACGUUAUUAAAUACAUGUGAUCACACAAUCAAUGUAUCUGAAAAUCAAUAGUUAUUUCCUCCAUUUAUACAUAUCACAUUUAUCGCUUUUCAAGAAUCAAA